AAUUUUAUUUGGCUCCUUUCUGACAUCUUCUCCCGCUCUACUCCUUGUCUUCAUAUUACUCCUCUCACACUCUCCCAUCAAUCUCUCUCAUAGUUUUACCCUUUCAAUCAAUCAAUCAAUCAAUACAAUAACUUCAUACCAAUUUUUCCUUCGAAAUCCCUAAAUUCCUAAAUUUCUAAAUUCCUAAAUCCCUAAAUCGAUCGAAUACAAUCUCAAGCACUUCCACAAGACCAGAAUUUUUCUAUCUUCUUCACCAAUUUAAUGGAGUUCCAUUUCAAUUUCGCCAGCUUUCUUAACUUCUCAUUAAUCUCUAAUUGAAUUAAUUUUGUUCAAUCUUUUGCAGUGCAGUUCUACUUGCUGAGGCAUGGGCUCCGGACAAAAUUGCGAAGGUCCUGCUGUGCUGCAGUUGCACAGAUGGGAUCCUUCUCAUAUCCAAACGGACCUUUCGGAGUAUCAGGAAGCUUUUCUCUCUCCUACAAGGGAGCUCUUGCUGUUGCUUUCAUAUCAAAGUGAAGCAUUGUUGCUCCCUCUAUCAAGAGGCGACUCUUAUUGCAUAACCUCUCAAAGUUGUAAAUAUGAAUGUCAAGACAGUGUAAAUUUGUCGUCUUCGUCAGCUUGUAGGGCAGAUUCAUUGGAAAAUAUCCCAAGUACCUCUGGAUCAGUUGGAGGAGGAGUUACUGAUAAUGGAUUUUGUACCGAGAGCAAUAUUUCACUACCCAAUACUUACCCUUAUAUAUCUGAUGUACAUUCACUGGCUUGGGGCUUGUGUGGGGAUACUUAUAAACAGAACAAGGAAGCACCGUUUAAGGAAUUUCUCAUCGUGGUUGGCAAUUCUGGUGUAACAUUUCAUGCUUUUCGUCAAGCCGAUGAAACUGAUGCCAUUGCCGGGCAGUCCUUCAAAAGCGAACAUAAGUUAGGGAGGUGGGUGGAAUGGGGGUCUAGUAGUGUGUCUCCUCAUGAUAAUAAAGCUUUUGGAGAUAUACCACCUGCAAGUAGGAUGAAUGGAUCUGGAGGAACUUCAUAUCAUGCUGGACAAGAGUCAGGGAGCCAUUUGCCGAGUGCCUCUACCUCAAAAAAGUGGCUGCGGUCCUUUUUGAGCUCAGCCAAGUCCGUGGAAUCUGAUGGCACCAGUUGGACCCGCUUUCCUGAGAAGUCAGAGUUUCCUUGCUCAGCAACUGUUGUCUCUUUUUUUGUUGACUUUAGUGAUUCUGUGCUUUUCGACUUCUAUUCUGGUACCCGUUCUGUAGUAGAUAAAGGAGCAUAUGACGAAAAAAUGGAUAGCAUUCUGGUGGAUAAUGAAUAUAAUGCUAUUGACCAUACAUCACCAGAUGGUCUCACAUCUGAUACGAAUGUUGCGGCAAGCAGACUAUACACGUGUUUCAAAGUAUUUUCAAGUUGGUUUCAUUACUUGAUUGGAUUUGUUUUAUCUUCUGGGUUUGAUGACAGUGAGAACAGUUGUGAUUCUAGUUGCAAAAGCCAGGACAUAGUGGUUCUUGUUGCUCUCUUAGACAUAGACGGGCUCCAGUGGCUAUACUCUGUUAAGCUUCCAGUAAAGGAUGUGAGUUCAGAAGUUGAGUGGGUUGAUUUCCAGAUUUCUGACAAGUUCUUUAUGACUCUGAACAAAUUUGGAUCCAUUCUUCUUUAUGGUGCAGUGACAGGAGAGUACAUUGCAUAUCUGGAUAUCUUACAAAUACAUGGACUUAAACCCGAACAUAAUUUGGCAGAACAAGUUCUUUUAUCAAUAGAUACAAAUGAUACUCCAGAAAAUGAUAGAUUACAUAAUAAGUUGGAUGCUGCUUGUAUCUUAACUACUCAAACUUGUGGUGUUGCCUACAAACGAUGUUUCCGGAGGUUGAUUGUUGCUCCGUAUUCCUGCCUAUUCACUGUCGUCGAUGAGUGUGGUGUACUUUAUAUAGUAUGUGCUCGUGAUCAUGUGCCAAAUAAAUAUGUUAUGACCGAAAAAAUACUUCCACAUUAUUUAAAGCUCGGUGUUUUGGCCCCAUGGGUUGUUGGUCAUUCUGAUAUAAGCCAACAGAAGGCCGUUUCUACUUCCUCACGCUCUGGAAAGUCAUUUAUGGGGAAUAACUUUGAAAGUUCAGGGUUCCAACAUGUUCAGCAGUGGCAUGUUCAGGGCAUCAAUCAGGAUGAUUCAAGUUUGAGUGGUCUGUCUGCUGAAUCCCAGCAAAGCUUUCUAAAUGAUCCAGAUUCUAGAUUUCCGCGUUGUACAAGGAAGUUAUUUAUUCCCAUUGCAAAACAUGGUGUGGCAGACAUUAUGUGUUUUUCUCCAUCUGGAGUCACCCGCCUCAUUAGAAGAAAUAGUACCAAAAGUGAAAGGAAUUGUAUUGUUCAUACUAGUUUGUACAUAGAGUCAAACUUUUGUGAUGACAAGUGCUUGAAUCUUGUAAACAGUACAUUUGAUUUGCAACAUGAUGCAAAUGUUGUUGAUGAAGAGGCAGUUGGUUGCAUUUUCCAGGGGUGUUUAUAUUUAGUUACUAGGAGUGGAGUUUCAAUAGUUCUUCCCGCUGUCUCUUUGUCAUCUAACAUCCAUACCGUUGACUCUAUGAGCUACCGGUCGACGAAAUAUAGUGAAGCAGCUGCACUCAACUUAGAGAAGUCAUUGAUGUAUGAUAAAUCAGAACAACCUGGGUCAGGAUGGCAAGUGGCAGUAAUUGAUAGAAUUAUUUUAUAUGAAGGUCCUGAUGAAGCUGAUAGGUUGUGUUCGGAGAAUGGGUGGAACCUCCGACUUUCCCGACUGCGUCGUCUUCAAUUGGCAUUGGCUUACUUAAAAUUCGAAGAGAUGGACUUGGCCUUAGAGAUGCUUGCGGAGGUCAAUAUAGCUGAAGAAGGGAUCUCGUUAUUGAUCUUUGCUGCCAUUUACAUGAUGGUUCACAAAGUUGGAAAUGAUGCUGAGGUAUCUGCUGCAUUAAGAAUACUAGCAUUAGGAUCCCGCUUUUCAAUAAAAAUGCUCCGUAAAUAUGCCAUUUUGGAACUGAAGAAUGAAAAAAGCACAAGAGGGAUGGACAUUAGCUCACUACCUCUACUUCUAUCAUACAAAGAGAAUCGUGAUUUCACAGAUUCAAGGAGGAUACAUGAGAUGGCCUAUUACUUGGAGAUAAUUCGUAAUAUCCAAUGUCAACUUGCUGCAAAAUUUAGAAGGCUUGGGAAAGGACUGGUGGAUAUCUUGGAAGCACAACAGGAAGGCCCACAUAACUCAUUGCAGGAUGAUUAUCAAGUUUCUGCUGCUACAGAUGAUGCGAUACCAAACCAAGAUGAACCCGCCUUACACAAAUUGGAUGUGGGCUCUAAUACUUCUGAAAAUCUUUCUUUAGUGCCUGUUGAACCCCUGGAAUUUAGAGGAAUUAUGACUUCAGAAAUGCAAGACGAAGAGUCAAUCCCUGUGACAGGAGUGAUCCCAAGAAAGAAACUUUUUCCUAUGGAGAACCCUAAAGAAAUGUUUGCACGCUGGGAGAUGGACAAUUUGGACUUGAGAAAUGUUGUUAAAGAUGCUUUAUUGUCUGGCCGUCUUCCACUAGCAGUUCUUCAGCUGCAUCUUCACCGUAUAAAAGAUGUUGAUGACGAGAAGCCCAGCGAUAGUUUUGCUGAAGUUCGUGAUAUUGGAAGGGCAAUCUCCUAUGAACUACUGUUAAAGGGUGAGACCACGCUUGCUGUUUCCACACUACAAAAGCUUGGAGAAGAUAUAGAAGCAUGUCUGAAGCAGUUGCUUUUUGGUACUGUGAGCAGAUCGCUGCGUAGGCAAAUUGCUGAAGAAGUGAAAAAUUAUGGAUUUCUCAGGUCAUAUGAGCUGGCAAUACUUGACAGGAUAUCGUUGAUUGAGAGAAUUUACCCAUGCGAUAACUUUUGGAAUACAUAUGCUUCCCGAAGAAAGGAAGGAAGUGAAGUUUUGCUGCCUCCUGAAGUAGUACCUGGAGAUUAUAGAUUGCAUGUUGUGUCUCCCCCUGCUUUCAGAAAUCUUAUUAUUGAGUGUGGUAACAUUUAUGGAGUAGUUUUAGGUUCAUGGACAAAUUUUAAUGGUUCUGGCAGCUCUGAGGUCGAUGAUGACAGUGGCCAUGCAGGGUACUGGGCUGCUGCUGCCGUGUGGUCUAAUGCUUGGGACCAAACAACCAUUGAUCGUAUUUUGCUGGACCAACCUUUUCUACUGGGUGUUCACGUGACGUGGGAAUCACAAUUCGAGUAUCAUGUAUGCCAUAAUGACUGGGAGGAAGUAUCUAAACUUCUGUACAUGAUUCCAAGCUCGUUAUUAGCUGAUCGAAGUCUCCUCAUCAGUCUGGACAGUUUGCACUUUGCUCCUUCACACAGAUGCAGCGUGGGCAUGCCAGAUUAUGGCAGCUAUGGUUGCUCUUCUGUUGAAUUAGAUGCAGUUUGUAUAGACAUUCCAAAUGUUAAUGUUUUUAAUUCUCCAACGAAUGAAAUGUGCUCAUCAUGGCUGAGAAUGCUCAUAGCUAAGGAGCUUGCAAAGAGAUCCAUUUUUCUCAAGGAAUACUGGGACAGAGCUGGAGAAGUAAUCUUUUUGCUGGCCCAAUGUGGCUUUCUUGAUGGAGAACAUGCAAUGUUGGCUCUGAAUGGAUCCUUGCAUCAACCAACCAUCCUGGAUUCUGCAAGUGGUGGAUCAUUUAACCCAAAUACUUUGCAGGCCUUUCAUAAUCUUUUUGUGCAUUACUCUGCACAAUAUAACUUGCCAUAUUUCCUAGACCUAUAUCUUGAUCAUCACAAGUUGGCCAUGGACAAUGACGCUAUCAGUGCAUUAUUGAAAGCUACAGGAGACUGUCAAUGGGCAAAGUGGUUGCUCUUUUCCAGGGUUAAGGGGCAUGAAUAUGAUGCAUCGUUCUUUAACGCGCGUGCACUUCUAGUCCGUGAUGUAGUCUCAGAUAGUAGCCUCCCUGUUUUGGAGGCUAGUGAAAUCAUCUCUACUGUUGAUGAUAUUGCUGAAGCUGGAUGGUUGAUGGCAGCUGUGGCCUCAUUAAUGUUUGCUCCUUUGCCUAUGCAAAACUGCCUGACCAGUGGUAGUGUGAAGAGGAGCUGUAACUCUUUCCAAUGUACACUGGAAAAUCUGAGGCCUGCCCUUCAAAAGUUUCCUACUCUAUGGCGCACACUUGUGUCAUCUUGUUUAGGACACGAUGCUACUCAGAGCUUUUGGGGUCAUAAAGGGAGGAAUGCUUUGUCAACCUAUAUCAACUGGCGGGAUAGCAUCUUCUAUUCCUCUGGACAUGAUACAUCACUUCUGCAAAUGCUGCCUUGCUGGUUUCCGAAAAGUUUGCGGAGGUUAAUUCAACUUUUUGUCCAGGGUCCACUGGGAUGGCAGUCAAUGACAAGUCUGACAGCAGAAGAAGCUUUUCUGCAGCGUGAUAUAGAACUUCUUAUGAAUCUCCAGGAUUACUCUGAGAUUAGUGCAAUGUCCUGGGAAGCAGCAAUUCAGAAACAAAUUGAACAGGAAUUAUAUCCUUCUUCAGUAGAGGAAACUGGAUUUGCUCUGGAACAACACUUGCAUCGAGGACGUGCAUUGGCUGCCUUCAAUCAACUUCUUGGCGCUCGGGUCCAAAGGCUGAAAAGUGAUGUGAUUGAUCAAGGACAAUCUAGUGCAUCACUUCGUGGACAAGCAAAUGUCCAGACAGAUGUGCAAACGCUGCUUUCCCCACUGACGAAAAAUGAAGAGUCUCUUCUUUCCUCGGUUGUGCCCCUGGCUAUAACCCAUUUUCAAGACUAUGUGCUGGUUGCCUCAUGUGCUUUACUGUUGGAGAUUUGUGGUUUACCUGCUAGCAUGCUUCGUGUUGAUGUUGCUGCGUUGAGACGGAUACAUUCCUUCUACAGAUCCAAUCAAAUUCUGCAACAAAACCAACUCUUGUCCAACAGUGCCACGUUGCAGGCUGCUUCUAGUGAAGUGACUAUAGCAGAUUCUCUGGCUCAUGCUCUGGCAGAUUCUUACCUUCACCAGAGUGGUAGUGUAAAUAAAGAGGACGAUGCUCAGAAGCCUGUUAAGAAUCACCAACCUUCAACUCUUUCGCUUGUUCUUCAGCAUCUAGAGAAGGCUAGUCUUUUAUCAUAUACUGGUGAGAGAACUUGUGGGUCAUGGUUGCUGACUGGUGAUGGUGAUGGACAUGAAUUAAGAUCUCAACAGAAAGCUGCAAGCCAGCGCUGGAAUUUAGUAACUCUUUUUUGCCAGAUGCACCAGAUUCCUUUGAGCAGUGUGUACCUUGCUUCAUUAGCUAGAGACAAUGACUGGGUUGGAUUUCUCUCAGAGGCACAGGUUGGUGGGUAUUCUUUUGAUAUGGUGCUUCAAGUGGCUGCAAAAGAGUUUACUGAACCACGUCUUAGGACUCACAUAUCAACGGUAUUGAGAAGCAUGCAGUCGAGGAAGAAUGCUACCUUGCCUCCUAGUUCAGAUCCUCUAAAAGGCUGGAGUGAAUCUUCCCUUUCAGAUCAAACUUUUGAUACAUCUGCAGAACUUUUUCAAAUAUUAGCUCAGUGUGAAAAAGAAGGAGAACCAGGAAAGGCACUUCUUAUGAGGGCAAAAGAAUUGAGCUGGUCUUUGUUGGCUGUAGUAGCUUCAUGUUUUCCUGAUGUCGUUCCAUUGUCAUGCUUAACAGUCUGGUUAGAAAUUACGGCAGCAAGGGAGAUCUCAUCAACAAGAGAGAAUGAAUUUGCUUCUCAGAUAGCAACUAAUGUUGGAGCUGCUGUAGAGGCUUCAAAUUCCCUGCCAGCUGGUGAUAGAGACUCAACUUUUCAAUAUAAUCGGAAAAGUCCAAAGCGUCGACGACUCACGAAUCACGUGUUAGAAGAAUUCUCCACUGCCAAUGUGAAUGGGACUUCAAAUUCUCAUGCAAGAGUACUUGUUGAAGAGUUGAAGGAAUUAGGAACUAAGGAAGAUGUCGAAUUGAUGAAGAAUUCAGAUGACUGGUCCACGUCUUUGCCAAAAUUGGUUGCUUUACUCUGUCAACAAAAUCAGUUCCUUCCUUUGCUGAGAGCUUUUGAAAUGUUUCUUCCCUCUUGUCCUUUAUUACCAUUCAUCCGUGCUCUUCAGGCAUUUUCUCAGAUGCGUCUAUCUGAAGCUUCAGCACAUUUGGGGUCAUUUUCAUUCAGAAUUAAGGAGGCAGCGUCUUGGAUAAAUUCGACUGCAGUGAAAGCUGCUGAUGCUAUACUUUCAACAUGUCCAUCACCUUAUGAAAAAAGAUGCUUACUAGAGCUUCUUGCUUCUACUGAUUUCGCUGAUGGAGGAUCUGGUGCUGCAUAUUAUCGGCGUCUGUACUGGAAAAUCAACUUAGCAGAGCCUGUGCUUAGGAAGCAUGAGGAUCUUCAAUUAGGAAACGAGACUCUUGAUGAUGCUUCUCUCCUCACCGCUCUUGAAAACAAUGGGUACUGGGAACAAGCUCGCAACUGGGCCCGUCAGUUAGAGGUCACUGGCGAACCAUGGAAGUCUGCUGUUCACCAUGUUACUGAGAGACAGGCGGAGUCGAUGGUUGCAGAGUGGAAAGAAUUUCUUUGGGAUGUACCUGAAGAAAGAGUCGCUUUAUGGCGUCAUUGUCAAAACUUGUUCAUUAAAUAUGCAUUUCCUGCAUUACAGGCAGGACUGUUCUUUCUUAAACAUGCAGAGGUUGUGGAGAAAGAACUUCCACCAAGAGAGCUUCAUGAAUUGUUACUACUUUCUCUACAAUGGCUAAGCGGGAUAAUUACGCAAUCUAACCCAGUAUGCCCUCUUCAUCUCUUACGAGAAAUUGAGACCCGAGUUUGGCUUCUAGCUGUUGAAUCUGAAGCUGAACUAAAGGGUGAACAUGUUUCCAAUUUGAGUAGAUUUAGUCAAGAUCAGAUGUCUGGAAAUAGUGUCAACAUUGUAGACCAAACUGCAGAUGUUGUCAUGAAGAUGGAUAGCCACAUAAAUAUUAUGAAGACUAGGGCAUCUGAUAAAGGAGGUAUUAAAGAAAAUAAUAAUUUGCAUCACAAGAGCUCGCAAACCUGGGAUGCUGGUAUAUCAAUUGCAACUGGUAGUGCGAAGAUUAAACGUCGGACUAAAGCAUAUGGGUCACCCAGAAGGUCUAUGGCUGACAUCUGUGAGAAGAGUGCUGAUGUUGAUGAGAGUUCUUUCCCUGCUUUGACCUUCAGGUAUGACUUGCAGGAUGAAAACCUGAGACUUGACACAUCAUUUUCAAGUUGGGAAGAACGAGUGGGACCUGCAGAGCUUGAAAGGGCAGUUCUUUCUUUAUUGGAAUUUGGACAAAUAACUGCUGCCAAGCAAUUGCAACAUAAGCUUUCAUCUGGCCAUGUGCCUUUUGAGCUGAAAAUUGUGGAUGCUGCCCUGAAUUUUGCCGUGCUGUCAACACCACCACAGAAGCAAUCCUUGUCCAUGCUGAAUGAGGAAUUACACUCUCUAAUCCAGUCAUAUAACUUGCCCACUGAAGAUCAUCUUUUUGAUCCACUCCAGGUACUGGAGGGUUUAUCUGACAUAUUGAAUGAAGGUAGUGGACGUGGACUUUGCAAGAGAAUCUUUGCAGUUGUGAAGGCUGCUAAUAUUUUGGAUAUUUCAUUUGCGGAAGCCUUCGAGAAGCAGCCGAUUCAAUUGCUACAGUUGCUUUCUCUUAAAGCACAAGAUUCUUUUGACGAAGCAAGAGUUUUGGUUCAAUCUCAUCCUAUGCCAGCUACAAGUCUUGCAAAAAUUCUGGCAGAAUCCUUCUUGAAGGGUUUAUUAGCAGCACAUCGUGGCGGAUACAUUGAUUCUCAGAAGGAGGAAGGGCCUGCUCCUUUGCUGUGGAGAUUUUCAGACUUUUUAAAGUGGGCUGAUUUGUGUCCCUCACAACAAGAGAUAGGGCAUGCGUUGAUGCGAUUAGUUAUAACUGGGCAAGAAAUUCCACAUGCUUGCGAGGUUGAACUUCUUAUUCUAUCGCACCACUUUUACCAGUCAUCAGCUUGUUUAGACGGGGUUGAUGUUCUUGUAGCCCUUGCUGCAACAAGGGUGGAGGCUUAUGUCUCUGAGGGAGACUUUUCUUGUUUGGCUCGUCUCAUAACUGGAGUUGGGAACUUCCAUAGACUGAAUUUUAUACUCGGCAUUCUUAUUGAGAAUGGACAACUGGAUCUUCUUCUUCAAAAGUAUUCUGCAGCUGCUGAUGUAAACACUGCAGUUGCUCAGACUGUCCGAGGAUUCCGCAUGGCUGUUAUUACUGCACUGAAACAGUUUGACCCCAAUGAUCACGACGCUUUGGCUGUGGUCUAUAAUCACUUUGACUUGAAGUAUGAAACAGCUUCUUUACUGGAGUCACGAGCUGAGCAGUCUUACCAGAGAUGGCACCAUCGCCACAACAAGGACCACAACGAAGACCUCCUUGAAUCCAUGCACUUCUACAUUGAAGCAGCAGAAGUCCAUUCCUCUAUUGAUGCUGGCAAUAAAACUCGCUCUGCUUGUGCUCAGGCUUCCCUCGUCUCUCUUCAAAUUCGAAUGCCUGAUAUCGAGUGGUCACAUCUGUCUGAAACCAGUGCUCGCAGAUUACUUGUUGAUCAGACACGAUUCCAGGAAGCAUUGAUUGUGGCUGAAGCCUAUAAUCUUAAUCAACCUAGUGAGUGGACACCUGUGUUAUGGAACCAGAUGCUAAGACCAGAAGUCGUAGAGCAAUUUGUGGCUGAAUUUGUGGCUGUGCUUCCUCUCAAGAAUUCUGUGCUUAUUGAAUUGGCAAAAUUUUACAGAUCAGAGAUGGUAGCAAGGGUAGACCAGUCCAAUUUUUCAGUCUGGCUGAUAGGAGGUGGUUUGCCUGCUGAAUGGGCUAAGUAUCUGGGGCGAUCAUUUCGCUGUUUACUAAAAAGAACAAGAGAUAUGACGCUCCGUUUGCAGAUGGCUGCUAUCGCAACUGGGUUUAAUGAUGUGAUUGAUGCAUGUAACAAGACCUUGGACAAGGUGCCUGAAAAUGCCGGACCACUUGUAUUGAGGAAAGGGCAUGGUGGGGCAUAUCUCCCAUUAAUGUAGGAGAGAAAAUGAAGGUAAAUACAUUAAGUGAUGUUGAAGCGCAGCCGGAAAUUUUGUGAUAGUAUUGAAUUUUCAAGUUCUUUCCCUAGCCUUCUGAAAUCCUCCGAUACCGUUGCUGCAGAAAGACUUGGGGCCUGUCUUCUUUCGAUGUAUAUGAAAAUCGUCGAAGCCAGAGAUUGUUAGGGAUGUUAAUAGCAAAUGAUGAGAAUCCUGUCAAUAAUGCACGUUGUUGCUGUCCUGUCUUUACUAGGGUCCAAUCUUUUUUUUUUUGGAAUGACAGGCAAGAAACUUUUCUCUAGUCAUUAGGCAAUUUAGUACUAGUGGACAAUGUGAGUGUAGAAAAAUUGAUUCAGGUAGAAAGCUGACUGUUUUUUUGGCUAGCAAUUGGGAGAGGCCAAUGUUAUUCAUCUUCUGGAAUGAUUUUUUGUAAGAUGUGCUGAGUCUGAAAUUUUGUAGGACAAAUAUAUCAUUCUUUCAUAAGGAAGUGUAAAAGUUGUACAUAUCAGUCCUUAACUAAAGGACAGUUUUUGAGUUAUCCAGUGCUUGUUCAAGUUACUGAAUCAUUAAGUGUCU